UAGGCAGUCGCGACUCUCAAAACCUCCCCUCAAGACCAACGAUGGCUGAACAAAUCGAAAAAGCCUAUCAAAAGCAACCCCUUUUUCAAAACGCCAAGGCCCGUGGUGGAAAGAAGGUUUCAACGAAGGAAAGGCGGUGGUACAAAGACGUUGGUCUGGGAUUCAAGGUACCCUCCGAAGCAGUCAAUGGCACUUAUAUCGAUAAGAAAUGCCCCUUCACUGGCGAAGUCUCGAUUCGUGGCCGUAUCCUGACUGGCAAGGUCAUCUCCACCAAAAUGUACCGCACCCUUGUCAUCCGAAGAGACUACCUCCAUUAUAUCCCUAAAUACAACCGUUAUGAAAAGCGCCACAAAAACCUGACUGCUCACGUUUCUCCUGCAUUCCGCGUAGAAGUUGGUGACAUCGUAACAGUUGGCCAGUGUCGGCCACUGUCAAAGACUGUCCGUUUCAAUGUCGUGCGGGUGGCCAAGAACAAGGCUGCAGCGAAAUCGUUUGGGAAGUUCUAGAAGGAUUCUGGGAUGACCUAGUAUACUUUUCACUCUGUCCGUGCUAUAUACGCGCGAUAACAUGUCUUUUGUAUGAGCGCUCGCAUGCCGAUGAAAGCAGAAUAAGCAAUUAAGUAUUGGAAAAGGC